AUGAAUGGUUAUGCCUGCUACUGUUGUAAAGAGACUACAAUCAGGCUUAAUUGUCCUUGUCCUCAUUUUCGAAAGUAUGAAAUACUCAGUGCCCUUCUGUCUCCUCUUCAAACUAAUGUAGUCUGUUUGACGAAAAAUCUGAUACUUCAUCCACAUAAUUUUCACACAUUCCUACAUGUCAUUUUAUGUUUGUUGUUGGUCCCUGGAUUGAGAUGUUCCCAAGUUUCAAACGGGAUCAAAUCAAUUAAUAAAGAUCUUGGACCAUUAACACUACCACCAUCAGCGUUUUCAGCUAGUUCUGUUUAUCAGGAUAAACCUGAAUACCAACCACAUAAGGCGAAUUUUGUAGUGUUUGCUUCCAAAGAAGAAAUUUCCGGUGCUUGGUGUCCAGCCAAGUUAAUACAUAACGAAUUAAAUGAAUGGUUACAAAUCGACUUUGGGGCACUUAAACUCAUUAAGGUUUUAUUUUCUGAAGGCGGUGGAUUAAAUCAGAAUGCAUUUGUUCCAAUGUUUGUUAUCAAAUAUCAACGGGACGAUAGUUCAAAGUGGUAUGAGUAUCGGAUGAGGAAUGGAAGCAGGCUACUUCAUGCUAAUCGUAAUAGUCAGACUAUAGCAAUUCAACUAGACCCACCAAUUAUCGCUAAACGAUUUCGUGUAUUGCCUUACACUAAUGAACCGAAUCCAAAGUUAAUGUGCCUUCGAUUAGCUGUCUAUGGAUCUGUGUUUGACGAUGGAGUUAUUGAAUAUUCAAUUCCUGAAGGAGAUGUAUAUCGACUUGAUCCACGUGGAGACUUUGCUUUGAAUGAUACAAGCUAUGAUGGAAGGUUAAUUUCAGAAUUAUCUGCAACCAGUACUGAUCCAGAUAAUACAGGUGAACGACGCGCUUAUCUUACAGGUGGUCUGGGUUUACUUAUGGAUAAACAGUACUUUGAAGGAAGUCUUCCUGAAAAUUUAGGCAGUAAUAGCGUUGUUGGCUGGUUUCGAAGACAACAUACAACUCCAUCUGGUCGUAUUACCAUGUUAUUCAAAUUCGAUCAAGUUCGUAACUUCACUCGAAUGCGUAUUCAUGCUUUAAAUUCCUUGGACUAUAUCGCUCUUUUUCGUCGAGUGUCUGUCCAGUUCAGUAAUGGAGGUCGUUAUUUUGAUCGAAAUCAUUCACCUGUCGUUGUGGAUAUACACCGUGAUGUUUAUAAUUCUCAGCCUCGUUGGCUUCCUAUCGAUUUAGGUUAUCGUACAGGUCGUUAUCUAAGAAUUACACUGUGGUUUGAUUACGAUUGGAUUGUCCUGUCAGAGAUCACAUUUGAUUCAUCAUAUGUAUCGAAUGGGGCUGUCAUACAACCAGAACAAUCUGAUGAUCCUGUUCAAAAGAUACCUGAUUUUGAUUCAUCUGGCAUUGAUUCUGUUGGUGAUAGUCUAUCUGCGAUAGCCAAAUCUUCUGAUCAACAAUCAACUUCCCCACCUAUGGUUAAUCAACCCUCAGUGCAAAAUGAUCCUGGCACUGCGAAACAACCAACACACUCACAAGCAUCUAUUUCAUCAGCUGAUGUACCAAUUAGUGCAACGUUUAAACACAAGAAUUCAAAUGUACCAUAUAUCAUUGCAAUUAUAUCUUGUUGCUUAGGCUCAUUUGCAUUUGCAUGCUUUUUCGCUUUUAUGGUAUUCCGGUUAAAACGUUGUCGACAAAGACGUUUAAAAAAGCUACAAAAAGGUCAAUUACCACAGACUUUAGAUAAACAACCUAUGCACCAACAUCUACUUCUUACAACAGGACAAAAUCAAAACUCUUUAUCAUCCACUUUAUCUGUUCCUUCUUCUUCAUCCUCCGGUCCAUGUAUCAUUUCUUCGUUAAACCCGUCAUACCAAUAUAACCAGUUGAAAUCUACUGGUAACAAUUAUACUACUGAUAAUGGGAGUAGUAAUAAUAACAAGAUUAACUCUAAUGCUGUAAAUCUACAAACCCCGACAUUUAUGGACACGCACAGUAAUCAUCUGGCUGCUUUAUCUCAAGGAUACACUGAUAUGAUGACUCAUCCGACUGGGACAGUGUGUACUCCUUACUCGAAUGGAAUUGACCAAGAUGGUUUGUUAGCUCUACAGCUACUACAACAUGGCUCUUCAGUUGGCUCAAAUUUCCCCUCAGUGAAUGGUUUAACGCUAGCUCGUCGUGGACUAUCUGAUACGAGUACAGGCGCCUUCACGGUACAUCCAAUGGUUACACUUGGGACAGAAAACAAAUUUAUCGGUGUGAAUCUACCACCAUCAGCAGCAAAUUGUACAUUUGCACCUAAUCUGAAUAUCAGUUUAUCCAAUCCACAAAAUAAUAACAAUGGAUUUGGUUCUCAUCAGCUACCACCGCCACCACCACCCGACCAACCAUUGCCUCCUUUGCCUAACAUACCAUCAGAUCAUCAUCAACAGCAUAUAAUUUCAAAUGUUGGAAAUCAAUUGCCUGAUUCUAAUAAUCAAAAUAAUCGCCUUUUAAUCAAUACAUCUUUAUCGCCUGUUUUUCCAUACGCUGCUACAUCGUCAUUUGUUUCUCAAGCCUAUCCAACAGAAAACGGUUUUAUAUUAUCCAUAGAUAGUCCAAUGCCAGAAUAUGCAAGUGCCUCACUUUUCAGUGGUACAGGAAGUGGUACAAUAAGUUUAGGACCAAAUGAUCUUAGAAAUUCAAUUAUCUCUAAAACAACAAUGGAUAGUGAUACAAGUAAAUAUAAACAACUUAUGGAGACAUAUUGUGUUCCACAGCAUAUGAAUUCAUGUUUUUGGACAUCAAACAGUCAUCCUCAUAACCAUCAACAACAAUUAAAUCUUAACGGUAUGCCUAAUCUAUCAACUUCUGCAUCAUCUGAUAACAAUAAUAAUAAUAAUAGUAAUACACAAGGAAGUUCAAAUAAUGAACAACUUUCAGAAAGUAUGGAUUCUGGUGGAAUGUACUACUUAACACAUAAAAAGCCUACAGAUAAUAAUCAUAAUAAUAAUAAUAAGAUUUCUUCAAAUUCUAUUCAUCAAAAUCCUGCUGUAUUUUUCCCCUUCUCUGCUGCACCAACAGCAGCAGCAACACACUUAAUACCAAUUCAAACAUUAGGCGUACGAUCUGGUAUAUUAGUAUCGAAUAGAGAUGAUCAAGCAACUAUAAAUCAAUCUUAUCAACAUGAUCCAAAUCAAUCUAUAGGCAUGUCUAUGACUAAUCAUCACAAUCAUCACCAUCACCAUCAAGACAGUAAUACAAGUACACCGAACAGAUAGAGACACAAUCAUUUAGAGAAUCAAACAAAUAUCCUUUAUACAUUUAUAUGUCAUUAUUACAAUUAAGUUGAAUCCACUGUGCUAUCAGUCAUUCUACACUUCUAAUAAUAAUAAUAAUAAAUUUUGUACCUACAUAUAAAUUAUCAUGUUGAUGAAUAUAAUUCGAAUUUCAAUCUUUGUUCAUUGUUUUGCGUUUACUUUUGUGAAUAAAUUCCUGUUGUCAGUGCUAGUAUACUUUCCCUGUGAUUAUUACAUCAAUAUAAUUCACAAUGGUUACACAUGAUAAAUAUCAUUCAACCUCAUCUUAUUUGUGAAUUAUAAAGAACUUUUCAAUCCCAAUUCUCCAUGAAAGAACUGUCUAUAUAUGCAUACAUAUUUGUCUGUAGACAGAUGAUAAGUCGGACUGCUGAAAUUCCCCUUUUACAUAUUUCCUUUUCUACUCAUCAUCAUUAGUUAUUUGUUUAAAUUGUGUUAGGAGAAAGUAAAGUUACUUACUUACAGACUGUCAACAUUGUUGUUAGCUUGUUGAUAAUAUAUAUAACAUUACUAAAACAUACAACAUUUAUCUAAACAGAGCUUGUUAAUAUAAUCUUGUUUUUACAGAUGCUUACAUAUAAAUACACAUAUAUCAGGAAAUUAGCUAUGAAAUUCAACAUGUACAGCUCUUCUUCUUCUUCUUUCAUUCUUUAGUUUACUUUUUUUUCAUGUUUUUUACACACUUCCUUCCCUUGGCGUUGUUAGCUUCUUCAUUCUUGAAGUUGUAUUCAUAAUCAUCUCUUCAAACUAUUAUUGCUGUAGAAGCAUAGAUCAAUAUUUGUUAAAGGGAUGAUAGUUAAGAAGGGAAUGAGUAAAACUUACAAUUAACAACGAAAUGAAUGCAUUGGAGAUUGUUUUAGUUGCUGAAUAUUACAUCUCUUUGACCAAUGUUUUUCUGUAUUUCAGUUUCCUCUUAUCAAAAAGGAAAUAGUUUUAAUUUACUUCAGUAUUAUAUUGUAAUUGUGAGUGUGUGUGUGUGCGUGCGUGUCGACUCAACCUAUCUCAGAAUUGUUAGUCGCACGAUUUCUUAGGGCUGGCGGGGGUAGCUUUGAAAGGUGAUGAUAGUUGUUUCGGGCCGGUUUACAAUAAAUUUGCAUAUUACUAUCUUUCUAGUCUUUUGUUUUCUCUGGUUUGAUUCUGAAUCACCUUCAUUCACAUUUUGAGUUCAACUUGUUAGUGAUUUGAUUAUACAUACAAAUGAACAGGUUUCUUCUUCAGUUCCAAUAAUUUAGCAAGUUUUGCUUUGUUUAUCGUUUCUUUAUAUGAGGUUAUUUAUAAACAACAUUUCUUC